AUGCCACUAACAUCAGUGACUGCUUAUGAAUCAUUAAUUGACAGACUAUCUAUAACAGAGAAAGAUAAGGGGAAGUCAAUUUUAAUUAUAAAUAGUGGAGGUGGGGUAGGUUCCGUUGCUUGUCAGUUAGCUAAACUGCUUGGCCUUAAAGUUAUAGGUACAGCAUCUAGGCCAGAAAGUAUGAAGUUCUCAAAAGAGAGUGGUGCACAUAUUGUACUAAAUCACACCGAAAAUUUAGUUGAGCAGUUACAAAAUAAUAAAAUAUCUGAAGUUGAUUUUAUAUUGGUAAAUUAUGAUCCCUACAACUACUGGGACACUCUUAUGAUGCUUAUUAAGCCCCAGGGCAAGAUUUGUCUAGUUGUUGACAGUAGCGGCCUGGUGGAUUUAAAGCAAUUAAAAGCUAAAAGCAUUACUCUUGUCUCAGAAAUGAUGUUUACUAGAAUUGUUUAUAAUACAGAUGAUAAGUACAGACAUACAGAAAUAUUAGAGGAGGUUUCUAAAAUGUUAGAUAAUGGAAAACUAAAGUCAACUUUGACAAAGGUUAUCACUCCUAUUAAUGCAGUAAACAUACGGGAGGCCCACAGACUGAUUGAAGAAAAGAAGAGUAUAGGAAAAAUUGUCAUAUCUGGUUUUAAAUAA